CGCAAUUUACUUUUUUGAAACAUUACCACGAGUCACUGCUUUCAAUGGAUUUUCAAUUUCAUUACCUAAUGAAGUGACAAUUUUAUCUGUUGCUAUGUGGGUCUUUUAUGAACUCGGAAACCUUAAAAAUUUCACAGCAGCACGCGUAUUUCGUGUAGUUGACGAUAUUAUAAUUCAAUUUGGAUUGUUUUCAACCAUUAUUCUUUCAUGUUUUUCAUCCGAUGAAUCUUGUGAAGAUGUCAA